AUGGCGGUAAUGACACGGAAUCGACGACGCAAGAUGACGGAAGCCACGUCGGAGUCAAUAAACACGGUUCUGCCGGUGGAACUAGUGAUCGAAAUCCUUUCCUUGAUCGAGUUAACCAAUCCUCUGGAAUUAAGAUGCGUUUGCAAAUGGUGGAAUUUGUUAAUGGUUGAUCCGCAGUUCGUGGAGAGUUACCUCCACAGAUCGUUCAGUGAUAUCAUUGGUCUAACUUUGACGGCUAUGGAGCACAUUGAAUCGUUUGAAUCGCGUAAUGUUUAUGUGCCUGCUAUUUUUCAAGAAGACGGCGAUGACGAUGAUGAGGAUGAAGAAGAAGCAACCGAGUUGCUGAUGAACAAGGCGGAUCAGUUGGAUCGUUUUUUGGUGAUUCUUGAUUCUAUGAAAAGGAAUUUGAACACUAUGAAAGUUGAUAUGGUCGCUUUGAAGAAGAGAGUGAAGUGUUUCGAAAGUUUUCUGAAAAUUUAUCUGAAGUCAGUAGCCGAAUCUUCAUCCUCUAGCGUCUGA